UUCAGAAUCAAGUGCAGCGUGAAAUCAAAUACACCCUCAAAUCAAUGCCAUGGAUCAGUAUCCCCACGGUUGCCAUCUUCUUUGCUGAAGUCAGAGGCUACAGCAAACUCUAUGAUAACAUUGAAGACUCUCCUUAUGGUAAGGAAACUGCUUAGCAUGUCCUCUUUAUUGGGUCAAAGUCUCUGUCCUUUCCUUACCUCAAGAGUCCACUUUAUGUAACUUAUUUCUCAUUUCUUCUAACCACCAUUUGUUGUACAUAGGAUGGCCUCUUAUUUAUUUCUUCUCAUGGGACCUUGCUACAUAUGACAUGCAUAUUAAAGCCCAAGCACUAGAAACAAAGGGAAUCAGAUCAUUAGUCCAUCUAGCGCAGUACUGUGUGCACAGACUGGCAGCAGCAUUCCAGGGUUUCAGGCAAGUGUCUCUCCCAGCACUACCUAGAGAUGCUGGGGCCUUCUGCAUGCGCUACCACUGAGCUCUGAUAUUUCCCCAUUGUCCUUGUUUUGGGGAGGGAAGGGGUUGAGUGUGCAAAAGCAGGAAAAGAUAGAGUGCAAAACCCCACCUGCUGUUUCUCUCCUUCAAAUUCCUUCCACAACUUGAACAGAUGCUGGCAAGGACAGUAGAAUCACAGGAAUGUAGAAUUCGAAGGGAUCCCCAAGGGCCAUCUAGUCCAACCCCUGCAAUGCAGAAAUUGCAGCUGAAGAAUAUCUGAGAGAUGGCCAUCCAGUCCCUGAGCUAGCUUUUCAAUUGCACACCCUCCUCAGUCUCAGGCUAUACUGCACACCCCUCAUUUCAGCCUUGCCUUCACACUGACCACCAGCGCAGAGAGCAAAAAACACCCUGCUAUUUACUUUGAAGCACCAGAUGGGCAACUAUCUCCACUGUCUGUCAUGGGAUAUUUAUGCCACUGCUGAAUCUUGCUCACCUGCCAUGCAGGUAAUAAGGGUAUAAUUAUUAGGAGAUCUUCUCCAGCCAGUGCUGUGAGGUGGGCUGCCACUGCUUCCUUCCCCAACAGAAUUCUUCCAGGAUGUGCAGCUUUUGUGGGCUUCCCUUACACUUAAACAUGCAUGGAAGAAAAUGCACCUAACCCUACUUUAUGGAGAAUAAUGAGGGCCAUUAUCGUGGAGGAACUCAUGGGAUUUGUAGAGACAGAAGGGUCAUCUAGUCCAGCGCACCCACCACAAUGCAGGAAUCACAGCUGAAACAUCCCUGACAGAUGGCCAUCCAACCUCUGCUUAGAAACCUCCAAGGAUGGAGAGUCUUUUCUGAGGGAGUCUGUUCCACUGUGAAACAGCACUUAUCAGAAUCCCCUCCACCCCAAUGUUUAGUCAGAAUCUCCUUUCUUAUAAAUUGGAUCAGUUAGUUUGUGUCCUCCAAUCUGGAACAGAAGAAAAUAAGCUUACUCCACACAAGGGAAGUAUUGCUCAAAUUUGUUUCUCAGCUCUGACUCAGCUCAUCUUCUGGGCACCUGGGCAGAUCACUCAGCAACCUCCUUGGGAUGGGGAGUUUUUCCGCUGCAGCUUUACAACAGCAUUUCAGCCCACAUAUUACUCACCCCCAUAUAAAAGGCAGAGACACACACAGAGCGCGCAAAUUGUAGGGAGAAAAGUUGCUUACAAAGUAAUGAGGCUUCCAGUGAAAUCCCGUAUCAGGCACUUCUCAUCUGGAGAAAGUGAAGGAGAAAGAAGCUCCCAGAGUGCCCUUAGCAACAGCCUUAACAAGAGGACAGGGCUGGUCAUGAGCCAGCCAUGUGUGAGUGAGGCAAAGUAUUAUGUGUGUCUGAGAAUAUCUAUUAUGCUCACCUUUUAGCCAUGGAGAGAGCAAUCAGCAUCCGAAGUUGCUGUGGCAAGGGUACAACAAUUCAGUUGACCACAGAUGAUUGACAAGUGAUAUCAGAUGACAUUGUCUGAUUGACAUGGGGAAACAGUUUAGCAAAGAAGUGGCCAAGUUGAACCCCCUGGAAGGCAAAGAAUGGUCUGCAGGCCAGACGUUCUGAGCUCCUGUUGUAGGUCAGCAACAUCUAAAGCAGUGCCUUCGGCUUAGUCAAUAUUUGUUUCUAAAGCACCUUUGUACUUAUUUGAGCACCUUGCCAUGGUAAACUGUCCGGCUGGAGUUGCUCUUCAGGUUUUAUCUCUUUAGCCUUCAGAUCCUUUCCAAUGUAUUAAUUAGCUCUGUUUGCUUGAGAUUCAGUGUUGCCAAAGGCUCAAGUAAGGAAACUUCUUUCAAAAUGGAUUUCAUAAAAACUACUUUUUGUUUUCAUAAUCCAAUAGUGUACAAAUCCAGAAAUAUUCUAAACAUUCUUAAAUGUCUGUUUAAAAAAGAAACUCACGCCUUUCUUUUUUUUCUAGGUUGGUUUGGUGUUAUCCUCAGCAUGCUCUCUUUCCUCUUCUUUACUGAUAUGUGUAUCUACUGGAUUCAUCGAUUUCUCCAUCAUAAGCUUUUGUAUAAGGUAUGGCAAAGUGUUAAAUAGUAAGACAUGCUUAGAGAACGGUGCACCCAAUCUGGAGGAUGCAUUCCAUGUGCAGAUGAGGGUGGAGUGAAGGGACUCUCCAUGUAUCAAGGCAGUAUAUCCCUCAUUACCAGAUGCUGGAGACAAAAGGCAGGGAAGGACCCUCAGUUUCAUGCCUUGCUUCUGACUGGCUGCUGGUGCAAAUAGAAUGCUAGAGUAGAUGUACCUCAGUCUGAUCCAUGAAGGCUUUUCUAGAGUUCCUACAAGGAUCAGCCAGUUUGGAGAUAGGAAACACUUGCAUCCAUUGUGCUCUUCUCUAGCAUUGUUUCCUCUGCAGCAAAUCAGUUAUGUGGUCAUAUGCAGCAGUAGGGUAAGCCAGGUAGCAUGUCGCUGCUUCUUAAGCUUUUCUGAGUUGUGCUGUUUGAGUCUAAUUUCUCGGUUCAGUGUCUACAUAACUUGCUUUACUGUAGACCACUAAUAAUAGGAUUCAAGGCAGAUGUGUGUGAAGCUGUGUGAUAAAUGUAUACUUUGAGGUAGGAAACUUAUGAAUAUGCAUCUGGCCCUAGAGGCUACUUGCUUAACUUGCAGGAAAAGCCAGAGAACUAAAAGAUUAGCACCAGCAGCCCACUGUUGAUAGGAUCAAGUGCAAAGGAUGGUACGGCCCCGAGGUUGGUGCAGCAUGGCAAUAAGAAAAGAAAACCAAGGAGUUACCUUUCUCCAACUGCUAAGGGGGUACCGUUAUUGUGGUGCUAGAUCUCAAGGCAUUGGAGUAUAGUAGAGCUGGAAAAGUUAUCCAAAAGGGUGGCAAAAAUGAUGAGAGAAUGGAACUUUUUCUUUAAAAGAAAAGUUUUAAAAAGUGUAAUCAAAACAUAGGACAGAACAUAGUGGCUGCAAGGACAGACAUAGUACAGAUGUAUAAAUCAUGAAUAGCACAGAGAAAGAAAUUGAUGUAGCCCAACAAAAGGAAGUAUUUCAGACACUCAGUAAUAUAUGGAUUUCACUCUUUUCACCAAAUAACUUGAUAGUAGUUGUCUCUCUUUUUUCUAAACUAAAAAGCCUUAGAUGCGUUAAUUCUUCCUUAUGGAAAGUGUGGUCCAAUUUGACAGUUACAUUUCCCUUUUCUGUAUCUCUCUUUCCACCCAUCAACUCUCCACACUUUGCUUUUUAAAGACUGUGAACUAGGUUUUAAAUGUAGCCGGGCCAGGGGUUCAUGUAGCAGAAUUGUGAUCUUUGCCAUCUUAUUUUUCAAUAAAAUAAAAGCCUAGCUUGAUUCUCACAUACCUGUCGUAGCCACACACACAAAUAAUCCACCACCUCUCUGUCUGGGCAUCUCAGAAUGUUCUUUCCUUGCGACGGGUGACGCUUUCUGUUGCUGUAUUAAAGUGAAAGUGUUCUGGGCUCUUUCUUGUUUUUAUUCUAAGGUUCUAAUUCCUCUCUUUCCUUCCACAGCGUUUGCACAAGCCCCAUCACCUGUGGAAGAUCCCAACUCCAUUUGCAAGCCAUGCUUUUCACCCCAUGGAUGGCUUCCUUCAAAGCGUCCCUUAUCACAUCUACCCAUUCCUUUUUCCCCUGCACAAGAUGACCUAUUUGGGCCUCUAUGUCUUCGUCAAUAUCUGGACAAUCUCCAUCCAUGACGGGGACUAUCAUGUUCCUGGCAUACUGAAGGAAAUUAUCAAUGGUGCCGCCCAUCACACUGAUCACCAUUUGUACUUUGAUUACAACUAUGGCCAGUAUUUUACACUCUGGGAUAGAAUUGGGGGCUCAUACAAAAACCCUUCUUCUUUUGAAGGGAAAGGGCCCCAUGAUUAUUUGAAAAAGCUGAAAGAAAGCAAAUUGAGCAGUUUUAAAAAUGGCUGUGGGGAUGAGGGAGUGCUAGAGGAAGGCAGUUUUAAAAAUAAAUAGGCUCCUCCCUCUCCAAGGAUCAGAAAGCCCUAUAUGCAUUAUUUUUAAAUAACUAUAUAAACUUCCCUCUCCUGUAACACUACUGGGAGACAGGCACUGUAGACAUCACUCAGAUAUCUUGGUGAUGGAAUUAUAUAAUUGAGAACUAAGUUGUUCUGUAAUGAAGACUACACUUGGUAAGGCAGAAAUACAUAAGUUGCGAGUUGCAGAGCAACAACUUUGUUGUAUACAGUAAUGGAGAAAAUGCCUGUAGCUGAUGAUGCUAAUGGUAAGUUAAUUUGGGAACACUGCUUUUUCUUGCACGAUACAUAGGAGCCGAAAUCUGACAUGAACUCUGUUGCCAUUGGAAUGAGUUUAGAAGCCAUUUGCUUCUUUGUGCGACCCUUAACACUCUUGAAUCCAUAGUUUGCAGUUAAGUUAAAAUUCCAGCAAGAUGCUAGAAGUCAGUGUGUGGAGUUGACAAACUAGAUAGCUGCCUUUGUGACUGCAUUUACUAGCGUGAAAAUGGGCUUGCAGGAUGAAUAUCAAACAUGCAACAUUCAUGUCACUUUCUGUUUUCCAAGUGCCCCAGUUUAUCAGAGAAGAUAAUACGGGUGGUUUUUCAUGAAGCAUCACUUGUCCAGAUUGCUUUAUAGGUUGUUUUCAAAAGAUGCUCCCUAGCUUUUUAGAAAAUAUGUGUUUAAAUGCCCUUUUUUCUUAAUUGAACCGCAAGGUUGAUGCCUGACUUCUGUUGUGGAGUAGAUACUUGUUUGGUAUUUCAAUGUCCCUCUGUUGAAAGCAUCAUAAUGCAAAUGCAGAAAAUAAGGCAAGGGAACUAUUGCUAUGUUUUCAGAAUGCCUUUGUUAUACUUUCAGGAAUCCUUUGGAUGAUUAUCUUAUAGGGAAUCGCAGUGAAGCAUAUGGUAACGUUGCCUUUCCAUAGAGUGCAUUGUAUAUUAGAAGCAGAGCAAUGCGAUCUAGCUAGCUAAAGACAAAAAUGAUCAGAUUCUCAAGGCUGUAGAGUGCUCUUUGCAAUUCUCGAGGGGCCCUAUGAGAGUGAAGGGGACAGAAGUUUGGUCAAGUGAAAGAAAGCCGUCUUGGGAAGUUUUUUUAAGAGCUGAAUCCCGUUGUGGAGUUGGCUUACGUUUUGAGCCUUGUCAGUGGGUCCAGUCCACCAGUAAGUUUAUUUUAGUGGUGCUUGCAUUAGUCAACUUAUUAGUAGAUUAAACUCAGCACAUUUUCUAAGCUGUCUCAUUGGCUCUUCUUUUUUGCAAUUUGCUGUUACUUUCUUUCCUCUCAGCAUGUGUCACUUUGAAGUCUAAAUGCCAAAAACAUUCAGCAGUGCUAUGCUUUACUGCUUUGAUAUAGACAAAUGCAUAGAAUUUCAGAGACAUUGCAAAAAGGAGUUCUCUGUCUGAUAAUUAUAUCAUACGAAGGAUUGUGUUUUCUGGUUAAACCAGGCAGCAGCCUGUGGAAACUGUCUUUUUCUUUUUUAAAAAAAAAAAGGUUUUCAAGAGAUAAAAGCAUGACUGCUAUUAAAGUUAUGAAGCUUUACAAAUUACCUACAAAUUAAUGGAAGUUGUGAGCUUUCUAGAACUACAUAAGGCAUAUGUCACAAGUAAGUUUGCUUGUAUGUGCCAUUUUCCUUGUAUCCUGAACUGGGUAAAUAAGCAAAAAAUAUUCACUGAAGAUUUGAGACCAAAAAUUUCUGGCCUUCAGAAUAAAGGAAGGCAGGAAGUGCCCCCACACACACCAAGUGAGACCAUGCCAUAUUAUAGAGGUGAUUCAUUGAUGACUGUAGUAAAUGACUUUGGGUCCUUUAUUGGGCAGCCCUUCCAAUAAUUAGGUUAAUUGCAUCCAUUCUUGCUCCUUUUUCCUUUGUGUGACACGCAUCUCCUCACGCUGGGGAGCAACUUACUGCUACUUAGUAAUAUGCUGUAUAUGUGGUGAUAAUUGUAUUUUGCAAGGAUACAGCUUGCAUUUUUUUAAAAGCCCCCAUUCUUGUGCAUGGCAUUGUGUGGGCAGAAAUCAUCAGGGUCCUGUUGGAGAGGAACUUCCACUGAUUAAGCAACAAAGCAUAUUCAUAGUGAAUGCCUCACUGUCCUUUCACAUAACCCCCAGCACUCAUGAAACAAAUCCCCUAGUAAUUCCUUUGUUCUCUUUCAUCCAUGUCUUUGCUUGGGUAGGAACAGGGAGAAGCUGAAGAAAGCUGAGUUGUUGUUGUUUUUUAAUGUGGAAAGCUGAGAGAAUCAUGAAUAAUUCCAUCCUACUGAAGGAUCUGAACACCUUGUGUUUUUCCUUCUCUUAAAAUACAUAUAUGCAUCUGUUCAGCUGAAGAUGCAAAUUAACAUAGGCUGUGUGAGAUUCAGUCUAGGGGUUCUUGAAAGCUGUCACUGAAGAAGGAGCUGCUGAAGCCAUCCAACAUUAUUUGAAGAUCCAUCGUUGUUAACUGUUGCAGUAGAGCGAAAUCAGCUGGUUCUGACUGGAGUGUUCGGGACAAUGAUCAAGAGGAAGGCAGUGAGAAAAUCUUGCUUAUAUUUUAUGUGGCUGUAGGGACCUCUGGUGCAUGUGCACAGCUACCUUACCUGUUGGUAUGUGUUUUAAUGGCCAUGCAAGCUCUUGUCUUGGCUGUGCCCAUCACUGGAAUGCAGCUGCUGGAGGGUUAGGCAAGGGUGACUGCAGGCCAAAAAUUGGUUCCUCACUUUUGGUUUGAAGUGCCAUGUUUACAGAAAGGGUUCUGCCCCCUCUCCCAGCCUUGGCAUGACCAUUACUUAAGUCAGACAUUCUGUCUGUCUAAAGAGGUACAAAACAAACAGGGAUAAUAGGGCUUUGUAUUUUCUUGUCUGUAAAUAAUAAUUAAAAAGUGACUGUGGAUUCCAAAUGACUGUCAAAUGGAGUUGUUAAUCUGCUUGUUGAUCACUCAUACUAAUGUUUCCUGGUGGCAAAUAAUAAAGAAUUUUAAAAGGAACUGGGUAUAAA